AUGAUAUCUCAAAGCCUGCCAGCAACUAUUGGCAAGUCAAUCUCUGAUCAGGAAGCAAAUGCAAACGCGCCGCCAACGCUGCAGUUGAGUAUGCUCAUUGGCAAUACGGAGAUGGAAGAUUCCAAGAAAACGCACCGUAUGGCUCGAACUCCUAAUCACUUUGGAAGUAAAGUACUCAUGAGUGAGGAACGUGUGAAGAAUAAUAGUUUUAGCAGUGGAAUACCGAUGCGAGAGAAGAAACGGCCACCGUCACUCUUUUCCACACCAUUCUCCUCCGUGUUGCCAACACAACAACACACACCAGUAGGAUGGAUGAGCAGGUCCUCCUCACAGAAUCAACAACAGCAGCAGCAGCAGCAGCGCACACCCGGCUCUCUGUACGCUGGUAGUGCCAUUGGACUCCACCGCACUGGAGAGUCCUCUACGCUGCAACCACCGCAGUCCCUACGGAAGUCAUCUGAUAGUCUUAGCGGCACGAUGAACUCAUCACCACAACGGCCUUCAGCUCCCGCCACCAAACCGCCCAUGUUGUCGCUGUCGGAGGAUCAUCAUGUGUUGAUUGCAGGACCUUUCCGCGUCUCAUGCGACGGCUGCCUCACGAUGCAAAACCAUCUACUGCUGAAUAAUAGUAGCAAUCAUAAUCAUAAUAGUCUUGGCGAACGCAAGUCUAGUUCUGUAGAGGAGGGGGAGAUUGCAGCAGCAUCAACAACAGCAGCAGCAACAGCAGGGGGACCACACGCAACGCCCACAAGAAAACCACUGUUGCUGCCAGCCAAAAUGUUAGUGCCGCUCGAAACGGCAGCAAACAACUCCUUCACACUUCUCUCCGCCAGUAUAGACACUCCAUACAGUCCCAUCACGUACUCCCUCGAUGCCCACUCCUCCACUACCCGCCCCACUUAUCAACGAACACAAUAUCUACAACCUUUACAAUACCCACCGCGUUCCUCUUCAGCCUUUAGUCACUCCGAUAGUGGUAGUCUUGCGAUGCCAUCUGCACAGAGCACUCCAGACACCGCCGCAAGUUUAUUACCGUACAUGGAACUGCCGCCCUCGUGCCGCAUGUCGGCCCUGCCGCCGUCCAACGCCCUGCGGUAUGCGGAUGUUCAAAUCAUACCAGGACCUGUCGGCGAAGGGGCGUCGGCGACGGUGUUUGAAGCUGUGCACAUCCCUAGCGGGCGGCGGCUUGCGGUAAAGCGCAUUGAUCUGAGCCCGUUCUUUGUACAGUGGUCCCCAGAAGCACACACACAUACACCACCUACCUAUUCAAGUCAACGUCUGCAGCAGCUGCAACUCAUUGUGGUGAGGGAACUCCAGGCGCUGCAUAUGGCGUACUGUAGUCCUUUUAUGGUGAAGCUCUACAAUGCCUUUUUCUCAGAGGAGAACAUGGCACUCGACUUUGUUAUGGAGUACAUGCACUACGGUGGUUUAGAUCAUCUUACGAAGGUUCUCCACGCACCAUUUAGUAAUAUCGAUCCUCAUGAUGGAGGAACAAUAUCAACAACGGAAGAAGAAGAGGAAGAAGAAGAAGAAGAAGGUGAUGAGAGAGAUUGCAAUGGGAAAAAGUAUGUAGGUGUACCAGAACGACUAGUGGCAGUAGUAGGGGAACAGUUGUUACGUGGAAUUCAACAUAUGCACGAGCGUGGGUUUAUUCACAGGGAUAUCAAACCCGGAAAUGUCCUUGUAAAUGAUAGAGGUAUAGUAAAACUUACUGAUUUCGGUCUUUCCCAGAGGUAUGGAUCUGCAGAGGAUACCCGUGCUAGUUGUAGCCAAACAACUUUGUCACAGUCCCAAAAUAGACAACAACAACAACAACAACAACAACAAAAGUGUCUUGCUACGCCAUUGAAUGCUGUUCCUUGUAGAGACAUCUCUCCAUUUGAUCCGUCCAUCGAUUCCGUAACAAGUUCCUCUGAAGAUUUGCAAUGCUCUGGUACAAAUAAAUACAUGAGCCCAGAACGACAGCGCGGAAAGACACAUGGUGCUUCAAGCGACAUAUGGGCAGUAGGCAUGACCCUUGCAGAAUUUGCUGUUGGUGAAUAUCCUGUUGACCUCACGGACUGUAUAGAUGCCUUUGAUCGUGUCGCUCGUAUAGAAGCCCCAUUGGAUCUAAAGAAGUACCCAAGGCCGUAUCCGUUAAGUGAGGAGUUCAUUGAUUUCAUUCAUAUUAGUAUGUUGCCUGAACCACGUGAGCGUCCGACGGCGGGUGAGCUGCUAGAGCACCCAUUCUUCCGGCAGUGGGAGACACCCUUCUCAAUCGAAGAUUAUCUGCGUGAACACACCUCACUAUGGGCAACAAGACACCAGAAGUGA